CAUUUUAUCCCUCCAACCGAAUGGCGUUCCAACUGCCCCAGCCAGUCAUCCCCGGGAGGAGAGUAUCCAUCAUCCUCCAAGGACCAUCUCCCGACAAUCCGCCGCCCACGCUCAGCCUUCCCCCCCUUACAAUAGACAGACGUCAUCACCCCGCGCUCUAUAUCAUACCCAAAACUCCCUCCAGCAGCGGCGUUGCACUUGGCUCGAGAAACCCGUUUCUGAAUGCUAGUAACAAUUCGUCCGCCAAUAAGAAGGAGGAUGACCACCCGAGACAUGCUUCAGGUGUCAAUGCUCUCGCAUUGGACACUACGACUGUCCUUAAAGGGGAGUCAAAUCCCGGCGGGAUCUUGUACACCGCCGGCCGAGAUGGGAUGGUCGCGUCAUGGGACUUGGAUAUCCCUCAUACUCGCCGAACAUCUCGUCGUUACAGUGCGAUCGAUGGACGGAACAAGUUGAGAAAAAUUCAAUGGGAGUUUAUCGGUGACGGCGCCGACUUUUUCCGGGCCGACGAGGAAGACCGAGAAGGUGGUAGCGAGGUGGAAGGUGAAGGAGACGGAGACGAAAGCUGGGUGGAUAUGAAGGAAACUAUGGAAGAGAUUCCAUUUGAAGAUCGGUACGAAGUCGACAAGGCGGAACUUUCAAAACGGUCUCCCAAAACGACAUUCCGCCAAUCCUCCCAAACUCACACAGACUGGGUAAACUCUCUUCUUUUGUGUAAUUACAAUAGGACAGUCAUCACUGCUUCUUCAGAUCGUACCAUCCGAGCCUGGACACCCCAUUCUUCACUUUCUGCUUCUUCGCCCUCUGGUGCCGCGGACCCUUCCCGUCCGUCUCCUGCGCUUGUGGGAACCCACACCGAUUUCGUGAAAUCGCUCGCAUUUGCAGAGGGGCCAGGGUACUUAUGGAGUGGGUCGUUAGAUCAAAAGAUUUGUCUCUGGGAUAUCCAGCAAGGGUCAGGGGAUUGUCAGCCGAUUUUGGAUGUGGAUCUGCAAGCUGAGGGGGUUUAUGGAGGAGGGGUUUAUACACUUGCUAUCGAUAAAACCGGAAGCACACUUGCGGCGGGUACGACUGAGCGAAUUGUCAGAUUGUACGAUGCACGCGCCGGUCCUCGGAGUACGGGUCAUCUUGUGGGCCACGAAGAUCGCGUGAGAAGUAUGCUCUUCAGCGAUGAUGGUAAAUAUAUGUUAUCCGCUUCUUCGGACAGUACUAUCAAACUCUGGUCCCUCGCCGCACACCGCUGCGUCCAUACAUUCACCCAUCAUGAUUCCCCCGUCUGGGCCCUCCACUCUAAUCACCCCAACUUCGAGCGAUUCUACUCUGGUUCACGAGACGGCCGUCUCUGCGUUGUCGACGUCGAAGGAUGUCGGAAUCUUUCCGGAGGCGAAGCUGUACUCCUCGCGGGCUCGGAGCCGGAGACGCAGUAUGGUGAGAGGGGAAUAAGAUCGAUUGUUGCGAUGGACGAUGAGUAUGUGUGGACGUCAAGUGGGAUGGAGGAUGUGGUGAGAUGGAAGGAUGUGGGCAGGAGGGUUGGCAGGUUGGAUAAGGUUUUUGAUGGGGCGAGUUAUAGGUCGCCUGUUCAGGCUGGGGGAGCUGGGAUGGAGAGGGAGCCGGGACGCGUGGCGUUUGCGUCAUCUCCUCGGGAUCCACUUUUGGGCGGAGAAGCCUCUGUGUCGGCUUUAUCAGCCAAUGUUCGUGAUCGUCUAGCGGUUGGUCAUAGGAGCACAUUGUCAAACUCUUCCCUCGUAUCCUCUUCAGCUUCUACCGUUGCUGGUGACGAUGACCGUGGGGAUGAGGGCCAAGAGCAAGGUGAAGGUGGAGGCGAUACAGGUUUGACGAGGAAUGGGAUACCAUACGAAUCGUUGAUCAACCUCUCGGUCGACCGGGGACUGUAUGGCUACGAGUACGAAGAAUCCACCAUCUCCAUCUCUGGUGACUACACCUCUUCCGCUCCUCCCCCGGCCCAACCUCUCCGACCAAGCGCGCUCUACGCCCAACGCGACCUCGCCUGCCUCGCUCGCCCUAUCCAACCUCACCCACCCCUCGACGACCCAGGAAUCAUCCGCGGUCGAACCGGUCUUAUCCGUUCUGAACCGCUGAACGAUAGGAUCCACGUCCUCACGGCGGAUGCUGACGGGCAGGUGGCGCUUUGGAAUAUCGUUAAAGGCAUUUGUGUCGGCGUCUUCGACCCAAAAGAAUUAUGUGAAGCCCUCCAUAUCUCGCCCACACCGUCAGCAGAGGCAUCACGGGCAUUCCCAAGGACGGGACCACCCCUGGAGCCAGAGGUGGAAGCGGUAAGGAUAGAGUUGAGGAGACAUUCGCAAGAUGUUCUGAACAUGAUUAGAGAGCAUGUACAAGGGAUGACUUCGGUAUCGCAGUGGUUUAGUUCGGAUACGAAGACGGGGAGUCUGGCGGUACAUAUUGAGGAGAGGACGGCAUUUGUUGGGGAUGUGUAUCUAAAUGAUAUUGGGUUGAAAGUGGAGGGUGGAGAAGGUGGGGAAGAUCAGAAAAUCAACCUCGGUCAAUGGACGCUUGCAAACUUGUUCCGGGGGUUUAUCGCAGCCGAGGAACACGAAGUUAUUUCUCAUCUUCCCAACUCACCUUCCACACUCUCCUCCUCCCUUCCUUCCACAUAUGGUGCUCCCAACUCUAAUGACAACGCCAAUCAUCUCCGCUCCCCGACGAUUACCACAUCCAUUGACCGACCUCCAAUUUCACCGGGUCAUCGAAAACGUGCUCUCACUGGUUCAUUCUCCGGUACGAGACCUCCUGCAGCGUCGUUGGUCAUUCCUGGUCUUGUGAGCCCCGCUGCGAGGCCAGCCGUGGAGCUGGAUAUGCCCACCGAUGUAUUUGGCAGCAGUGGCAGUAUUGAAGGCAAGGAAUCUUUGUUGAGGUCGAUCUCCGGGAGAGCGGUCGGUACACCAGGAGGUUUCAGCAUCGGAUCAAUGACUUCUCCAGGAUUGUUGGGAGAAGGUAUACCGAUCGCUAGUAGUGCUACGAAUGGAAAUGGGGGAAGGGAUUACUUCUCGCCAAGAAAGAAGACUGAGCAGACUGUUGUAGGUGCGCUGGCUUCUUCUGGUCCUGGGAGUGGAGACCGGGAAGGAUCGAGUUCGGCGACGAAGGGCCAGGGUACUCCGUCUACACCUGGGGGAAGUUUUAUGGGUAGGAUCAAGAUCAAGAACUUUGGGAAAAAGAAGGCGGCAGAAGUUAGUAUGCCCGCUGUGCAGGAGCGAGCAGCGACGCCUGAAGAUACCGGACCCAAGAGAUCUGAGCGAGACAUUCAACAACUCGAGAUGCUUGACAACAUCCGUGCACAUCAUUUCCACCCUCCUCCCCCUUGGGAAGCCCCUUAUGUCGCUUAUCCACCGUCUACCACUCUCCUCAUCUCAGAGGUAUGGCAAGACACUGGAGCAUGGGUCGUUACCUAUCGUUCGGAAGUUGGGUCAACAGAGAGGGAUAUGGAGCCUCUCGAGACUAAUUCACCUGGGUGGCUGUUGUGGUAUCUCUUUACAAACACCAUCCCACCCAAACCUCAACAUCUUGUGAAUAUCAGAUUCAAGCUAGAGCCUUUCCCGGGUAGUGAACUGCCUGAGUUGCCAAGAGGGGAAUCCCAAGUCAAUGCACCAAAGACACUCCGAUGUAAUAAAGUUUACCACUAUGUGGCGGAACGCCUGAAUGCGAUAAAUGAGGCACAGAACCAUCGAUCCAAGAAAAAGAAAUUGACAGCAGAGGAUAUAGAUCUUGUGAUCAUGACAGACCCCGAAAUCGGGUCGCUUGAUUAUAGGAUGACUGUUGGAACAGUCAAAGCUUAUUAUGCCCCAAGAGGAGAUUAUGGGUUCUGGUACUCUCUGAGGCAGAAAAAAUAGGGUCAUCUGAAGGCGUCGUUUGGCCUUGGUUGAUCUUUUUGACGACAUCUGAUCAUAUGUCGUAUCUCACUUUGUUAUUUCAUUCUUAAGUUAUUGUAUUGGCGUAGAAUUAUGAUGAUCUAGUUGUCAUGGGUGUAAAGAAUGCAAGG